AAUAACCAGGGCCGCAAACAAUGUCAACUUCCUGUGAUGAAUCUGUGGCAUCUGUUGAAGAAGUAACUGACAGCUUCUGGGAGGUGGGGAAUUAUAAGCGGACAGUGAAGCGGAUUGAUGAUGGAUAUCGGCUUUGCAAUGAUCUGAUGAACUGUGUCCAUGAACGAGCCAAGAUUGAGAAGGCGUAUGCUCAGCAGCUGGUUGAUUGGGCCAAGAGGUGGAGGCAACUGAUAGAAAAAGGUCCCCAAUAUGGCAGUUUGGAAAAGGCAUGGAUGGCCAUAAUGACAGAGGCUGACAAAGUCAGCGAGUUACACCAAGAAGUUAAGAAUAGCCUACUGAACGAUGAUUUUGAAAAGGUGAAGAACUGGCAGAAGGAUGCUUUCCACAAACAGAUCAUAGGAGGCUUCAAGGAGGCCAAGGAAGCAGAAGACGGUUUUCGGAAAGCACAGAAACCCUGGGCCAAGAAGAUGAAGGAGCUGGAAACAGCCAAGAAAGUCUAUCACUUGGCAUGCAAAGAGGAGAAACUCGCCAUGACCCGGGAAGCUAAUAGCAAAGCCGAGCAAUCUAUUACUCCAGACCAGCAAAAGAAGCUUCAAGACAAAGUGGAAAAAUGCAGGCAAGAUGUACAAAAGGCUCUGGAGAAAUAUGAGAAGGUUGUGGAGGAGGUGAAUAAGGGCACUCCACAGUAUAUGGAGAGCAUGGAACAGGUCUUUGAGCAAUGCCAGCAGUUUGAAGAGAAGAGGCUUAAUUUCCUGAAAGAGGUGCUGUUAGAUAUCAAGCGACACCUGAACCUGGCAGAGAACAGCAGCUAUUCUAAAGUCUACCGUGAGCUGGAGCAGACCAUUCGUAUGGCCGAUGCACAAGAAGACCUUCGGUGGUUCCGCAACACCUCUGGCCCCGGGAUGCCAAUGAACUGGCCUCAGUUAGAAGAAUGGAAUCCAGAUGCGACACAAACAAUAAACCGAAGAGAGAAACCUAAAAAGAACGAGGGAGGCAACACACCCAAUGCCAGUGGAGGUGGGGAAGCAACAGCACAGGCAGGAGAUCGUGGCAGUGUCAGCAGUUAUGAACGUGGCCAAGCCUACGCUGCAGAGUGGUCAGACGAUGAGGGUGGCAACACUUACAACUCCAGUGAAGCCAAUGGUGGUGCCAAUUCCUUUGAAGAAGAAAUAGCCGGGAAAGGUGUCCGUGUACGAGCUCUGUACGAUUACGAUGGGCAAGAGCAGGAUGAGCUGAGCUUCAAAGCAGGUGAUGAAUUAACCAAAUUAGGUGAAGAAGAUGAACAAGGGUGGUGCAAAGGACGUCUAGACAACGGGCAACUUGGUCUUUAUCCAGCUAACUAUGUGGAGUCUAUCUAAUUCUGUCAUGUUCUCUUUGUGCUGCCAGAAUUCAACCCUCUCCAGUCCACCAUCUGUCUAUA